AUGGGAAACGAAGACUUGGAAAACGGAGCCUCCCCACUCGUUUCCAUCCGGUACGGCGAGUGUCGGCACGUUUCGGACAAAUGGGGAUCUCUUACUUUCUUCCUUUCCUACUCUAACACCAAUCAAGAUGCAGGAUUUUACUGCACCUCCGUCGCCGGGCAAGAAAACAAUCCCAACGCCACCGUCUACGGCAUGUUCCAGUGCCUCGGUGAUAUCACCGUCCAGACCUGUCAAAAAUGCGUUUCUUACGGAAUCAAAGAUAUCCUUCAGAGAUGCCCCAACAAUACUGGAGCCACCGGUUGUUACGACAAGUGCUGGUUACGUUACUCCGACCAGUAUUUCUUCUCCAAAACGGAAGAAAAGCCCAUGUUAGUUUAUUAUAACACCGGCAAUGCAACAGAGAAGCUGGUGGGUGAAACCUUGAGGGAGAUGGCGAAAGAGGCAUCGCAAGGCGGAAGCAAGAAAUUUGCGACAAAAACAGUAGACUAUGAUGUUUCUCAAACUAUGUAUACUAUGGCGCAGUGCAUGCCGGACAUAUUUGAGAUUGAUUGUCUCAUGUGUCUCCGCAACAGCAUUAGCAAUUUGCCUAUUUGCUGUAAUGGAAAAAUAGGCGGAAUAACCGUCAAGCCCAUUUGCUAUUUAAGGUAUGAAACGUACGCCUUUUACCAGGAACCGGCCCCGCCAUCUGCGCUUCCGCCACCAGCCCCUUCGCCGGCAUCCACUUCCAAAGAUAAAAGCAGGAUUUCACGUGGGAUAAUUAUUGCCAUAGCUGUUCCAACGGUGACAUUCAUAUUGCUCUGCUUCUUGUGCUUAAAAAGGAGGGCAAGGAAAGAUGCUUCAGCUCCUGAACAAAGUGUUGAUAUUUCAAGCGUAGAAUCCCAACAAUUUGAUUUGGAUACCAUUAGAACAGCCACAAAUGACUUCUCUCCUGACAAUAAACUUGGUUAA